AUGGACAAGGACCAGAGCCGCGGAGAGUCUACUACCGGCAUCUCCGAGUGGAAGCAGCGCCCGCCCUACCGCGUGCAUGACAAGAAGCUCGACGACUUCGACGUCAAGUACACGGCCAACUGCCACUGCGGCAAGGUCGAGUUCGAGCUGAGCCGCCGCGAGCCCCUCGAUAGCAAGCUGUGCCACUGCACGACCUGCCAGACGCAGCAUGCCGCGCCCUUCCAGUGGGCCGCCAUCUUCCACAAGGAGGACAUCAACUUCACCAACGGCCACCACAACCUCGAAUGGUACGACCCAUCCUCAAAAAGCAUCGAGCACAAGCUGCCCUGCAAAGUGCGCUGCUCGUACUGCCACAGCCCCAUCAUGGACGAGGGCCGCAACAUGAUCCUUCUCUUCCCCUCGCUGAUCCACCUCAAGACGGACGAGGACAAGGCCUACUUCAAGCCCCGCUGCCACAUGUUCUACGGCCAGCGCGUCAUGGACAUCCCCGACGGCCUGCCCAAGUGGAGCGGCAUCAACAACGAGAGCGAUCUCGUCGAGGACAGCCCGCCCGAGAAGGUUAGAGAGCUCGAGCGCAAGAGAGAGAAGGAGAGGGAGGAGAAGAUGAAGGAGAACCCCGAUGAGGCGACCAAGGAGGGUACGGGCGCGACUUAG